UAUGACGGUCUUUUUUAAAUCUCUUUGACACCAAAGCACAUCGUUCAUCGUUGGGCGGAGGAGCAAGUUGGAAUUAGAAAGAGAUUUCCGGUUGGGUUCCCUGAAUCCUGAUUUGUGCAGUGCUCAUCUCAUCCGCUUCCAUGGACUUCCGACAACACUACCAACCACACAAACCCCAAUCUUUCAUAAAUUUGCACACGAUCGAUUCUGAUGCUCAGAUGUCGCAACCCAACUCCUACUUUAACCCCGCCGAUUUGCUCCACAGUCCUCCCUUAAUUGUUGCUGGGCUUGCUCCGGCUGAUGGCGGUGCCGAUUUGCAAUGGAGUUACGGUUUGGAGAAGGAGGGAAAAAGGUUAAAGGAACAUGAUUUUUUGGAGAACAAUUCUCAGGUAUCCUGUGUUGAUUUCAUGCAGCUUCGACCGGUUUCCACUGGGUUGGGUUUGUCACUUGACAAUACACGUUUUCCUAUUAGGGUUUUCUGCUGCUAAAUGACAAUAUGCUAUUUUCAUUAUUAUGCAACUUGCAAUGAUUAUUCAUGAUGGAUGUUUUUAGCUCUGUGAUAUGAAGAUCAAAUUAUUCGUUCUUGUAUGCAUCGUUGCUAU